GGAAUCUGGGCGUCCCCACGCCGCCCCGCUCUGGAAGCUGCAGGCGGAGGACGGACGGACAGACAACACCAGUGCUUUCACAGUGUAAUCUGACAUUUUAAAGAUUUUGCUCCCCCCCUGAGGAGGAAACAUUUUAAAGGAGUGUGGGAUGUAGAAGAAGAAAUCUUCAUGGGACUCUCUAAGGAUGGCGUGCCGACCCGUGCCUCACUGAGACCAUGAGCCCUUCCGAUCUCCUGAGUAUCUCCAUGUCCUCCAGUGAGAAAUCUUAUACUUCAUUCUGUGCCAUGGGAAAAACCUGAAGGAUAGACAGACUCGCUCCCACACUUUGGGGACUUUUCCAAGCUUGCGGGGCUGCUUACAGAACAUGACAGUAGGAGAGCACCUCUUUCUGUUGUCUUCUGGAGUUGAACCAAAGAAGGCCCUUCCUCUUUCUCCAGGGCUUUGGUGCCUGCUCAUUUUUAUAUUCUAUUUGUGUCUGUUGCUUGUGCCUUAAGACCAUCUUAUCUAAUCAAAAGACAUCCUUAAAGUUUUUCCAGCACUACUUGCACGCAUCUGGGCUCCCCAGGGGCUUGCCCAUGGCUCUGGGGGCCAGCCGUCCAAGGGCAUUACCAUGAGGCACUGUAUUAAUUGCUGCAUCCAGUUGUUGCCCAACAACGAGCACAAACAGCAGGUCGGCUGCGGAGGGGGCCCCCUUCACGGUCACCCGGAGUGCCCCGCCUGCAAAGGAGAGAACAAAAUUGUGCUCCGUGUAGACGGUAAGCAGAUGAACUUGCUUGCUGUCCUCGAGGUGAGGGCCGAGGGGAAUGAGAGCUGGGGCAGGUUUCUGCGCUUCAAGAAGGGGAAGCGAUGCAGCCUCGUGUUUGGAUUGAUGAUCAUGACCUUGGUGAUGGCAUCUUACAUCCUUUCUGGAGCCCACCAAGAGCUUCUGAUCUCCUCGCCUUUCCAUUACGGAGCCUUCCCCAGCAAUCCCAGCUUGAUGGAUGGCGAGAACCCGAGUGACACGAAAGAACAUCACCACCAGCCCUCUGUAAAUAAUAUUUCAUAUGUGAAAGACUACCCAAGCAUUAAAUUAAUUAUUAACAGCAUCACCGCCAGGAUUGAGUUCACGACCAGGCAGCUCCCAGACAGAGAAGAUCUCAAGAAGCAGGAAUUGCACAUGUUUUCGGUAAUCCCCAAUAAAUUUCUUCCAAAUAGCAAGAGCCCCUGUUGGUACGAGGAGUUCACGGGUCGCAACACCACCGACCCGUACCUGACCAACUCCUACGUGCUCUACUCCAAGCGCUUCCGCUCCACCUUCGACGCCCUGCGCAAGGCCUUCUGGGGCCACCUGUCGCACGCCAGCGGGAAGCACUUCCGCCUCCGCUGCCUUCCGCGCUUCUACAUCAUCGGACAGCCCAAGUGCGGCACCACCGACCUCUACGACCGCCUCCGGCUGCACCCGGAAGUCAAGUUCUCCGCCAUCAAGGAGCCGCACUGGUGGACCCGGAAGCGCUUUGGGAUUGUCCGCCUGAGAGAUGGGCUUCGGGACCGCUACCCCGUGGAAGAUUACCUGGACCUCUUUGACCUGGCCGCACACCAGAUUCAUCAAGGCCUGCAGGCCAGCUCUGCGAAGGAGGAGAGCAGGAUGACUAGGAUCCUUAUUGGGGAGGCCAGCGCUUCCACCAUGUGGGACAACAACGCCUGGACCUUCUUCUACGACAACAGCACGGAUGGUGAGCCGCCCUUCCUGACCCAGGACUUCAUCCACGCCUUUCAGCCCGAUGCCAAGCUGAUCGUCAUGCUCAGGGACCCUGUAGAGAGGUUGUACUCUGACUAUCUCUACUUCGCAAGUUCGAAUAAAUCUGCCGAUGACUUCCAUGAAAAAGUGACAGAAGCUCUGCAGCUGUUUGAAAAUUGCAUGCUCGAUUAUUCCUUGCGUGCCUGCGUCUACAACAACACGCUCAACAAUGCCAUGCCUGUGAGGCUCCAGGUGGGUCUGUAUGCCGUGUAUCUCCUGGACUGGCUCGCCGUCUUUAACAAAGAACAGUUUCUCAUCCUCCGCCUGGAAGACCACGCGUCCAACGUCAAGUACACCAUGCACAGGGUCUUCCAGUUCCUCAACCUCGGGCCGUUGGGGGAGAAACAGGAGACCCUGAUGACAAAGAGCCCCGCGUCCAACGCACGGCGACCCGAGGACCGGAACCUGGGGCCCAUGUGGCCAGUCACCCAGAGGAUCCUGCAGGACUUCUACGGGCCCUUCAACACCAGGCUGGCCCAGGUGCUCGCCGACGAGGCGUUCGCCUGGAGGAAGACCUGAGGCCGAGCUCCCUCGGCGGGUUCCACUGCACCACCAUGGGAGCGUGUCUUCGGGGGCGGGCAGGGGGCCCCUUUCACUCACAGCCUGGAGAAAACCCUGGGAUUCCUCUUCCCCUCCCUAGGCACGUGUGUAGUAAUAAGCAUUUGUUGUGUG